UUCCAAAACAUAAACAGCUCAGUGUCAGUCGCAGACCGUUGAACUCUGUAGCUUCUGUGUCAUCAUGGUUCUGAAAUCAUGUUGUAUUUACAGCAUCGGAGUGUUUUCUAUAUUAAUGCUGAUUCUCGGCAUUUCUUUGGUUUUGUCUGACGUGUUUUCACAUUUUAUUCAAUCGGCAGUUAAAAAGGAAAUAGUCUUAAAAAAUGGAACAGAGGCUUUUGAGGCCUGGACGGAUCCACCGGCUCCCAUCUACAUGCAGUUUUACUUCUUCAAUCUGACAAAUCCCAAAGAGGUGCUGGAAGGUGAUAGACCGGCUGUGGUGGAGAUUGGACCGUAUACAUAUAGAGAGUAUCGGCCCAUGGAGCAAGUAACUUUCCAGGACAAUGGCACUACAGUAGCAGCUGUCAACACUAAAACCUACAUCUUCCAACGUAACAUGUCCCGAGGUCCAGAGAGUGACCUCAUCAGAACAGUUAACAUCCCUGCCAUGACUGUCAUGGAAAUGUUCAAGAAUUCACCCGUUGAGGCUAAUGUGAUCUCUGCCUACAUGAAGUCCUCCGGUGAAGGCCUGUUCAGCACACACACAGUGGGAGAACUACUGUGGGGAUAUGAAGAUGCCCUCCUCAAAGCCCUAAAACUUUUAAGACCUAAACUGGAUGAUGUUUUCGGACUCUUCUAUAAGAGUAAUGCUUCAAACGAUGGAGAAUAUGUGUUCUUCACUGGUCAGCAGAACUAUAAGGACUUUACUAGAGUAGACACUUGGAAUGGCAAAAGCGCUUUGGACUGGUGGUCGUCGGAUGAGUGCAAUAUGAUUAAUGGAACCAUUGGUGCAUCUUUCCAUCCAGUCAUCACCAAGAAUGAGAUGCUCUACAUGUUCUCCUCUGACCUGUGCAGGUCUUUGUACGCUCUGUACGAGGAAGAUGUGGCAGUGAGGGGGAUCCCUGGGUAUCGUUUUGUUCCCCCCAGUAAGGUCUUUGCCAAUCUGUCUGUGAACCCGGCCAACGCAGGCUUUUGUGUGCCUGCCGGUAACUGCCUCGGUUCUGGCCUGCUCAACGUCAGUGCUUGUAAACAAGGAGCUCCCAUUAUAAUGUCAUCACCACACUUCUACCAGGCAGAUGAGAGAUUUGUCCGGGACGUAUUUGGCAUGAGGCCCCAAAAAGACCAGCACCAGACAGCCAUUGAUAUCGAACCGCUAACAGGAUUUAUCCUCCAAGCCGCCAAACGCAUCCAGGUUAACGUCUAUGUCGAGAAAAUUUCUACCUUCAGUCAAACUGGAAAUGUGAAGACAGUGGUCAUUCCUGUGGUUUAUCUCAAUGAGAGUGUUGUCAUUGACGAAACAUCAGCCAAGAAGCUGAAAGCGAUCGUUGUGAGUAAGGAUGUCGUGGAGAACAUCCCGUUCAUGCUAAUCGGUGUCGGCAUCAUUUUAGGAGGAAUAUUCAUGUUUUUGAUGUGUCGACAGAAAGUCCCUGAGAGCACUGCUGCUGAACGACAGCCCCUGCUCUCAUCAUAGCACUUAACAGGACGUCUGCGAUGGAUGAUUGACAUGUGUGCAGUGUAAUUUUAAUGGUUCAGCUUGUCAUUUCAGCCAAUUGAUGUCAUAACACUAAUAACCAGAAUACCAUUUUUUUAUUCAUUUUUUUUAACAAUGGUCCCAGGAAACAAAUUGAGGAUGACUAUCUUUGUAUUUGCAGCUGACACUGGAGUUACUGACCUCAUUACAAGUUGUAAUGAUGUUUUUUAUUUCAUUCUUAAAUUGGUCAUAUUUUUCUUUUUUACCACUAAAUAUUGGAUUUUGGAUUGAGCUAAGUGGAAUUGAACAUGAUUAAAAAACCUUUUACUUUACCCAAAUUAUUUUGAAAGUAGAAAAAUAAUGCCCGAUUUCACCUAGAAAUAUUUUUGUGCGAAUGAGCAACAUUUCCUAUGGGUGUGUUUCUACGUGUGUUUAUAAGACGGUUGGCUACAGCUACCAAAGUAUGUGAGAGACUCCGAUUGUUUUAAAUAUAAGGAAAUCUAUACUUCACGUAUUUGUGUUGACUAAAAGCACAAGUUGUGCACACUGACUGCUGGCAGGAUGUUUUAUUCUUAAUGCAAUGAAUAUUUUUUGCAUAGCCUUAAAAUUCAUGGGGGG